UGCGCUUGACUGGGCCUUUCACGCGUUCGGGCCCUUUGAGGGCUUUAGAUAGGACUUGCAGCCGAAUGGCAGGGCGAUAAAGGUUGGCACCAGCGGGGUUCGCAAGCAAGGACACUUCGUUCAACCGCGUGGAGUAACUACAAGCGGCCAUGGCGGAGGAUAUGUAUGAUGAGUUUGGAAACUAUAUCGGUCCUGCUCUAGAGGACAGUGAGGAGGAGGAAGAGGAGCACCAGGUGCAGCAUGGCUUUGGCGGUUCGGAAGGGGCCGACGACGAGGAUGGGGCGCCGGGACCGGGCGACGCCAUGCAAGAAGAUGACGACGAGGGGGGUCCAGGCAUGGCGGUUGUCCUUCACGAGGACAAGAAGUAUUACCCCUCGGCUGAGGAGAUCUACGGGGCGGAGGUGGAGACGCUAGUGAUGGAAGAGGACGCGCAGCCGCUGGAGGUACCUAUCGUGGCGCCGGUGAAAGUGAAGAAGUUUGAGACGCUCGAGGCGGAGCCGCUGCGCACGCACUACUCAAACGAGUUCCUGGCCACGCUCAUGGCGAACCCGGAGCUGGUUCGCAACGUGGCGGUGGUGGGGCACCUGCACCACGGCAAGACGACCAUCAUGGACAUGUUCGUGGAGCAGACGCACGAGCUGCGGAAGAUGACGGCGGCGCAGCAGGCGGCGGGCAAGCAGCUGCGCUUCACGGACACGCGGCUGGAUGAGCAGGCGCGCGCCAUGAGCAUCAAAAUGAUGCCCAUGUCGCUCGUUAUGGAGAGCCACAGCGGCAAGUCCUUCCUGCUCAACCUGCUGGACUGCCCCGGCCACGUCAACUUCAACGACGAGGUGACGGCGGCCAUGCGGCUGGCGGACGGUGUGAUGCUGGUGGUGGAUGCGGCGGAGGGCAUCAUGGUGGUCACGGAGCGGGCGGUGCGGCAGGCGCUGCAGGAGGGGCUGUCCAUCACGCUCAUGAUCAGCAAGGUGGACCGCCUGAUUACGGAGCUGAAGCUGCCGCCCGCGGACGCCUACCACAAGCUGCGGCACACCAUUGAGGAGGUCAACAACCUCAUCGCAGCGUGCUGCGGCGGCGAGGUGCCCCCAGAGCAGCUGCUGGACCCGGUGCGCGGCAACGUGACGUUCUCUGCGGCGCAGAGCGGCUGGUCCUUCAGCCUGCAGUCUUUCGCGCGCCUUUACGCGGAGAUCUAUGGAGCCGGGUUCGACCCCAGGGAGUUCGCCAAGCGGUUGUGGGGCGACCUGUACUUUGUGCCCGAGGACCGCGUGUUCCGCCGCACGCCACCGCGCGCCGGUGUCGAGCGCAGCUUCGUGCAGUUCGUACUGGAGCCGCUGUACAAGAUGUACAGCGCAGUGAUCGGCGAGCACCCCAAGACGGUGGAGGGCCUACUUGCGGGCCUGGGUGUGUACCUGCGCACCGCCACCUACAACCUGGACACCAAGCCGCUGCUCAAGGAGGUGUGCUCCAGCGUGCUGGGCAGCUGUGCGGGUGUGGUGGACAUGCUGGUCGCACACGUGCCGCCCAGCCGGAAAGCCAGCGCGGACAAGGUGGCGGCGCACUACAGCGGGCCAUCGGAUGCGCCAGCGGUGUCGUUCAUGUCCGCCUGCAACCCGCGCGGCCCGCUGGUGGUGGCGGUGGCCAAGCUAUUCCCGCGCCAGGACUGCAGCCGCUUCGACGCGCUGGGCCGCGUCAUGAGCGGCACGCUGCGGCCGGGCGACACCGUCAAGGUGCUGGGUGAGGCCUACACGCCCGAGGACGAGGAGGACAGCGCGGUGGCCACGGUGGGCAGCGUGUGGGUGUACCAGGCGCGCUACCGCGUGCCCGUCGCCCGCGCCACCGCCGGCAACCUGGUGCUGAUCGAGGGCGUGGACGCCACCAUCACGCGCACCGCCACGCUGGUGUCAGACGCGUACGACGAGCCCGUGCACAUCUUCCGGCCGCUGCGCUUCCAGACGCGCUCCACCGUCAAGAUCGCUGCUGAGCCGCUCAACCCCUCCGAGCUGCCCAAGAUGGUGGAGGGCCUGCGCAAGGUGUCCAAAAGCUACCCGCUGUGCAGCACGCGCGUGGAGGAGUCGGGCGAGCACACCAUCUUCGGCACCGGCGAGAUGUACCUGGACUGCCUCAUGAAGGACCUGCGAGAGCUGUACGCGGAGGUGGAGGUCAAGGUGGCUGACCCUGUGGUGGCUUUCUGCGAGACGGUUGUGGAGUCCUCAAGCCUCAAGUGCUUUGCGGAGACGCCCAACAAGCGCAACAAGAUCACCAUGAUCGCUGAGCCGCUGGACAAGGGAUUGGCUGAGGACAUCGAGGCGGGCAACGUGCGGCUGGACAUGGGCCGCAAGCAGCUCACGGAGUGGUUCCAGUCGCGCUACGAGUGGGACCUGCUGGCGGUGCGCGGCCUGUGGGCGUUCGGCCCCGAGCUGCAGGGCCCCAACGUGCUGCUGGACGACUCGCUGGCGGCGGAGACAAACAAGGGCCUGCUCAACGCAGUGCGCGACAGUGUCAUCCAGGGCUUCCAGUGGGGCGCGCGCGAGGGGCCGCUGUGCGACGAGCCCAUCCGCAACGUCAAGUUCAAGAUCCUGGACGCAGCCAUCGCGCCCGAGCCCAUCCACCGCGGUGGCGGCCAGAUCAUCCCCACCGCGCGCCGCGUGUGCUACUCGGCCUUCCUCAUGGCCACACCCCGCCUUAUGGAGCCGGUGUACUAUGUGGAGAUCCAGACGCCCGCUGAUUGCAUCGCCGCCAUCUACAACGUGCUGGCGAAGCGGAGAGGCCACGUGACUGCGGACGUGCCCAAGCCCGGCACGCCCAUCUUCAUUGUGAAGGCGUACCUGCCCGUGGUGGAGAGCUUCGGCUUCGAGACGGACCUGCGCUACCAUACGCAGGGCCAGGCAUUCUGCCAGUCCGUUUUCGACCACUGGCAGGUGGUUCCGGGUGACCCGCUCGACAAGUCCAUUGUGCUGCGGCCGCUGGAGCCCGCACCCGUGCAGGCGCUGGCGCGUGAGUUCAUGGUCAAGACGCGGCGGCGCAAGGGCAUGUCCGAUGACGUGUCCAUCAACAAGUUCUUCGACGACCCCAUGCUGCUGGAGCUGGCCAAGCAGGACGCAGACCUGGCCAUGAUCUUCUAAGGGCUUUCAAAAGAAUGGUGGCGCGGGAGCUGUGAACGGCGGGGACUGGUAUCGGAGAGGUUGGUUGGAGUUUGACAGGGGCUUCAGGUUGGCGGAGGCGCGGGGGAGCAGGCUGCAGCUCCGCAGGCGCGCGGAGUUGAGGUGAGGUAUUUGCACGGCUCGGCUAUGAACGGGUAGGAGGUAGAGCCCGCCGUAAGUGGGGCCGCGCGAGGAAACGAAACGACGAAUGGGAGUGAAGGUCCUAGUGAAGAACGGCCAGGGCAUAAAUUUGGAGCGUAAGUUGCCACGGAGCCGGAGCGGGCGUGCUGAUGCCGUAUGUUGUUGUGUCUGGGGCGGGCGGAUGUUUUAUGUUGUUGACCCGACACCGUCAGUCGUGGGUAGGAUUUGGGGACCGCACGGAAUGGAGAGCCGCGUACGCGAAGACAGGGAGUCGCCGCGAUGAGGCCUUAGCUUGCGGUAGCCGUCACGUGUGCUCUGGUUCCAGCAUAAGGAAGGAAGCGGUGGAGUGGUCAUGGUGGAGACGCUGUUCCGGAGUCUUGCAAGUGUUAUCAAGUGGUGACGACGGGGUUGCAAGCGAGUCGUUGCCUUAGGUGGAUGUAUGGCCUUGAGGAUGUGCGCUUCCCCAUGCACGGAAGCAAAGUGAGCCGCGCGAGUAUGCGACGUUGAUCCAUGCACGCCCCUUGUGAUAGCCCCUGCAAUCGAGGUCGGCAACGA